AUGGCUUCCUCCAAUGAGUUCUUGGACUAUACUACCGUGGUGGUUGUGUUCACAAGCACAGUCGACAAACGGCGCAUAGUGGAAUGCUGUCAGAUUGGGAAAGACAUUCCCAAAUCACGCACUUUUGGAUACAAGUUCAAGUCCUGUCCCACCCCAGGUUGUCAGCCUGUGCCUGCUGACAUGCACGUGCACAAUCAUGGUGUCAAGGUUCACCUCAGAUGCUUAAAAUGCAAUUGGAGGUCUGUGUCCGCCAAGACUGAUAUGGACAACAAGCACUUCAAGAGAGUGAACAAGCUGGUUGUGCCUCAACUCUUCUGGCAUCACUUCCCCCCUUCUACAGACCUCCAAAACUACUUUGUUGAGCUCACCAACAAUGAGCAAGCUCAACCGCACCAAAACAAGGGAAAGAAAGGCAGAGAUCAGCAAGGGAAGAGCAAAUGCAGGGCGGAAAUUGUCGCUGACGUCCAGGAUGAUUCAGAGAUGGCAGGUGACCAAUGA